UUUCUUUAAUUAAGUUGAUCAUAACUGUAACUCAGCUGGGAUUUGCUAUCCGACUAGACAGGCCACUGUAAUUCAUGUAGUUAGAUCUUAAGUGGGUUUGCACACUGCAGCCUUAAUCUCUUGCUACUAUUAAACGUGGAGCAACUAACCUGGAGAGCUCUCCAGAUCCAGACCGGUCCUGCACGCUCCUAUUUUCGCAAUUUUCAUGCAUGCUGCAUCUGACUGCAAAUCAUUUCCGCGAAGGUUUAAAGACUUUUUCACAACUUUAGAGUCGUGUUAAACUCCGUUGUCUCUCGUUGGAUUUGUUUUUCUGCAGGAUUUUUUUUUUAGUGUCCGCUCUGUUAGACGCCGGAUAUGUGGUGGAUGCUGUUUCCCCGAUGGAUUUGGUUUCUUCUGGGACAUUGUUACACUAUUCUCCUUUAUAUGGACAGUUGCCGCGUGAGGGCAAUGCCCAUGUCUGUGGCAAAAGUGGUGUACUCUCACGCAGGCUUGUGCCCGAAUGACCUGAACCCCAACCUGUGGGUGGAUGCUAUGAGCACCUGCAUUCGCGAGUGUGAAUCUGACCAGGACUGCGAGACAUUUGAGAAGUGCUGCCUUAAUGUAUGUGGUAACAAGAGCUGUGUGGCAGCACGGUAUAUAGACAUCAAGGGCAACAAGGGCCCCAUUGGAAUGCCAAAGGGCGCCACCUGCGACAAGUUCAUGUGCUCUCAACAAGGGUCUGAAUGCGACAUCUGGGACGGCCAGCCUGUUUGUAAGUGCCGGGACCGCUGUGAGAGAGAACCCCACUUCACGUGUGCAUCUGAUGGCAUGACAUAUUAUAACAAGUGCUACAUGGAUGCUGAAGCCUGUUCCAAGGGUAUCUCUAUCUCUGAGGUCACCUGCAGGUACCACCUGACCUGGCCAAACACCAGUCCAAUCCCUGCAGAGACCACCCUGCAUCCCACUACUGCCCUCCAGACCACCCUCCCAGCUGACAUCCAGCUCCCCACCAUACACAGUGGCCCCACCCAACAGGCUGUUUUUGUGGGUGAGACAGCCAGCUUCCUGUGUGAGGUGUCUGGGAAGCCACGUCCGGAAAUCACCUGGGAGAAACAACUGAAGGGCAAAGAGAACACCAUAAUGAGACCUAAUCAUGUCCGAGGGAACGUUGUGGUCACUAACAUUGGCCAGCUGGUCAUAUACAACGCACAACUUCAGGAUGCCGGCAUUUAUACAUGCACAGCCAAAAAUGUUGGGGGAAGUGUAUCAUCACACUUUCCCUUGGUAGUGAUCAAGAGGGAAUCGAAAGGUAAGAAUGCAGAAGGAAAUAGUACCAACCUGCCGUUUCCAGCUGAAGAGUGUCUAAAAAGUCCAGACACAGAUGACUGUGGAGAGGAGAGCAUGAGCUGGUACUAUGAAUCAAAUCGGAACAAUUGCUUCACUUUCACCUACAGUCAGUGCAAUAAAAACGGUAACCAUUUCGACACCUAUGAAGCCUGCAUGCUGUCAUGCGGAGGAGAGCUGGCGGCUCCCUGUAGCCUACCAAGCCUCCAAGGGCCUUGCAAGGCCUAUGAGCCUCGCUGGGCCUAUAGCAGCAGCCUCAAAAAGUGCCAGUCCUUCGUCUAUGGAGGCUGCGGUGGCAACGAGAACAACUUUGAGUCCAAAGAAGCCUGUGAAGAGAUGUGCCCCUUUCCGAAGAACCACAAUUGUAAGAUAUGUAAACCUCGAGGCAAGAUGGUCACCAGCUUCUGCAAGAGUGAUUUUGUGAUCCUGGGGCGUGUGACAGAGUUGACAGAGGAGCAAGAGUCUGGCCACGCUUUGGUGACAGUGGAGGAGAUCUUGAAGGAUGAGAAGAUGGGUCUGAAGUUCUUUGGCAAAGAACCUUUGGAGGUGACUCUCCUGAACAUGGACUGGAACUGCCCCUGCCCCAAUAUCACUGUUGCUGAGGGACAGCUCAUCAUCAUGGGAGAUGUUCACAACGGGAUGGCCGUCCUGCAGCCCGACAGCUUUGUAGGCUCCUCCAGCCCUCGCAGAAUCAGGAAACUUCGUGAGAUUGUCCACAAGAAAACCUGCAACUUCCUUAAAGAUUUCUCUGCCGUCCAGUAGAGUCUAUUAACGUCUCACACUCACUGAACGUCGGUUAUGUUGUUUUCAGAUCAUUCUAAGCUAAAGUGACCUCACCAGUCUGACUGGUAAACACAAAAGUAGUAAUUUAUCUUUAACAUCUGAGGUUUUGUUCCCUUUUUCAGAUUUUUUCUUUCCUUCCUUUGCUACCUAAUGCUCUGUAGAUCUCAGAAAAUCACUUUUCAUAAUUUGUACUGUUGUCACUGAUAAUUUUUAUCCGUUGCUUUUAUUCGUUAUUCCUUCACAGAAUGCUGUGGCAAAACUGUCCAAAUAGCUAGAGAUGUUUUUUUUUUCAAAUUAGAGCCAAGCUUAGAGAGUUUUGAUGUCCACAGUUGGGGUAAACUGUAGAAUAAUAGUCACAAGCAUUUACUCUGUACAAAGUGUUCGAUCGUUGUAACUGCUUAUUAAAAUGAUAUUAUAGAUUUCCUCUCCAAAUGUUAUCUUGAGUACACUAAUAUCAUUCAUUUAGCAUUAUGUUUUAAUAUGAUUGGUUCAUUUGCUUUAUGUUUUUGUGGGGUAUCCCAAAACAGACAUUUUGUAACAUCUGUGAUGAGCACUCAAGCUCACAAUAAUGCAAUGUGAAGCCUCAGUUUAUCUACCAGAAUCAAAUAAGCUCUUUGGUUCCAUUUUUUUGUGGAAUCUAUUUUGAUACGUUUUAAUUUACAAUACAGAAUAUGUAUGUGGACUUCUGUACUCUAUAUUUAUUGAUCUAUUUCUUAUAGGGCACUUGCCAAUAAAUAUAUACAUAUGCAGGAUGUAUCUCUGUAAAUCUAAUUACGUAAAGAACAUACGUAUUUUUAUGUUAUCUAUGAUAUAUUAGUGUUCAUUAAAACUUUUAUGGAAU